GUAUAACCGAGAUGCAUCCUCGAAAGAGGGAGUGAGAUCGGGGGCAGAGAUUCAAACUUGAAAUCUAAAACGACGAACACUCAGAGUCACGCGAGUGGUCGUGCGAUACGGCUCGAGCGUUUGAAAACGGACGACGAUAAAACAGGCGGGUAAAAUCGCGCGCCAUGUGCGAUCGGAGAAGUUUCAGAUUAAAAAGGAUCCUCUGUGUUCUAUCCUUUGUCAUUGGUAUCCUUCUACCAAUCGGAUAUUGCCAAAAUGCUGAACCACGUGGAUCAUUUGGCAGUAAAAGUAUCGCAAGGAGGAUGGAUCUUCUACGUGACACUGAACGUCUCGACGAACGACGAUUCAACUGGGACGUGUCUCUCGAUGGGGAAAAGAUGCUCGAAGAGAAUACAAGGAGCCUCUCCUCUUUGGAGGGAACGUCGAAGGAUGAGAAGGAUGAGGAGGAGAAGAAGAAGGAUACCGUGUUCCGGUUAAACGGAGAAAAUAAAAACGUCGGUCUUCAUCCAUCGGAGGAGGUUCGUCCGAGAGCUUCUUCCUACCUUCGUCAGACUUUGAAUACCACUACCAUGACGACAACGUUAGUCGGUGAAAGACGAAGAUCAACGAACAUUAACAACGAUAAGGCAAAAACUCGUAAGAAAAAUCGUCGAAUAAAAAAUAAUAAUAAUAAUAAUAAUAUGCAAAAUAAUAAUCCAUCGUAUAACAUUGAUACGGACAUUCGUGAUAACGAGAUAAAAGGUAGUGGAAGAAUAUCACAAACGAAUGUUGAAAAAUUAAACAUGGAUUCGUCUGUGUUGUCAUCAUCAUCGUCAUCGAAAAAGUCGAGGUACUCUCAAACGAGAAAGUUUCGUGCAGAACGACGAAGAAGACGAAAGAAUAGGGAUAGGAAAAGAAAUGGUGGUGGUGGUGGUGGUAGUGGAGGUAGAAAAAGGUUCAGGCAAAACGAGGAUAAAAAGGACGACGAUGAGAGACGAACGUCGAAGUUUAAGAAACGACUGAACGAUCCUUCUUCCAUGGAACGAGAUCACCAACUCUUCAACAACAAUUCUACGAACAUAGGUACGACGUUUUUGAACGUUAAGAACGUCAGCAUUUUCGGACAGGAUUCUACUAACAAUUUGGAGAGUUUCGAUUCGACGAGUACCGGUGGUCCUUCCAAUCUUCGUGCACCACCACAACCACCACCACCACCACCAAUGACGACUACUACGAUAGUAAAUGGGGAGAAAAAAAGUUUAAACCAAGUUUUACCAUCACCUCGUAGAGAUGUGUAUGCCGAAAAUGUUGAGAGGGAACUUUCCAAACAGCUGGAAAAGGAAAUCGCUAGAUCAGGUAUGAUCAAUUUAAAUGACCGAGUACUUAGCAGUUCUACCAAUCAUCGAGAUAAUACACCAUUGUACGAUGAUAAAUAUAAAGUAUCUAACGAGAUAACUGUAGAUGACAGAGUUAGAUUCGGUAAUUCGCGUUACGACGCUGACAAAAUGUUAGGUUAUUCACGUACGGAGGAAGACUUACCAAUACUUGACCUUGAAAAUGAAGUACUAGCAAGAACAAUGAAGGAUUAUAACGCUUACAUGACAUCAAGCUUAAAACUACGCCAAGAUCGUCCUCCAAAAUUCACUUCACCAUCUCGGUUACAUGAUCAACCAAUCGUCUCUUUAACUAGUACCACAACUACUACUACCACUACUACUAGUUCUAGUAGUAGUACUACCAAUACGUUCGACGAGGAUAAUCUGAAAGGCGACUUAUCCUGCAUAAACGGGACUUUCUUGCCGGCACCACUGGCACGACACGCUCUUAUCAAAUAUGUAAAAUCAUCCGUGCCAGGUCACGAGUAUCUCGAAGCUGAUUACGAGUGUGCACCUGGUUUUUACAUGAUCUCAACGGGAAGUCGAUUAUUAUGUAAAAAUCGUCAAUGGAUCGGUCAAGUACCAAAAUGUAAACUCAAACAAGCACCUGAUGGUGUCUGUUCUGAAGUAUCCUGCGAACACGUUUGUAAGGAAAUCGAUGGUAGAGCUGUUUGCUCUUGUUAUAAUGGAUUUCGUUUGGAAGCAUACAAAUGUAUAGACGUGAACGAAUGCGAGGAGAACAACGGCGGCUGUGAGUACAAAUGCGUGAACACUCCUGGAUCUUUUCGAUGCGAAUGUCCGAAGGGAAUGAAACAGGGCGAGGACAGGUUCACGUGCAUAGAUAUAAAUGAAUGUUUGUUGAACAACGGACACGGUCCUUGUCAGGACACAUGUCGUAACCUCAUAGGUGGUUACGAAUGUUCCUGCGAGGGUCUUCAGGACACUGUCCUGUCUGCCGAUAACCACACGUGCCAGAAUGCAGGUCCAUGCAGUGUCAACAAUGCCGGAUGUUCUCACACUUGUCUCUCGACGAUGGGUCGAGUGUUCUGCCUCUGUCCGGACGGCUUCAUGCUCGAGGACGACUGGAAGACCUGUCAAGACGUAGAUGAAUGUGCAGUACCCGAUCUUCAAACGGAAGUGUGCCGUUACGGAUGUAUCAACACCCAAGGAUCUUACAGAUGCGCUGAACCAAUGGAGCUGAAGGAUCAACCGAUAGCAGACAGCCUCUCCAUCACUUGCCUGCCCGGAUACGAGGUGUCCGCAGACGGUAUUUGUGUGGAUAUUGACGAGUGUUCGAUUGACAACGGGGGUUGCAAGGAAGUAUGUGAAAACACAGACGGCAGUUUCUUCUGUGCUUGCGACGGAGAUGAAAAAACACUCUCUUCCGAUGGAAAAACUUGCAUGAAUAUAGACAACGUUGUUUGUCCACCAUUAAAUCCUGCGGGAAGGGGUUACCUGAUGUGUUCACGAAUGGCUGGACCAAAAUCAUGGCGAGGUAGACGAAAGAUAACAAAUCAUCCUGGUACCAAAUGUUUCCUCAAAUGUCCUCAUGGUUAUCAGCUUCAUGGGGAAUACGAGCUUACUUGUCAAUCCGAUGGUAAUUGGGAUGGUCCGAAACAUGGUGAAUGUGUUAGAUACAGUAAGCCAAGAUUGGAAUGUCCAAAGGAUGUAGUAGCGGAAUUACCACCAGGACGAGAUGAAGCUUUCGUGACGUUCGAUCAACCUUCGACAGAUCUUGAUUGGUUCCGUUAUGUACGAUCUAAACCAUCCUGGGGUACAAGAUUGGAAGCCAAUUUAAAAGUUGGUACACACGAAGUUAACUUUUUUGCGAGACACCCGGUAUCGAAGAAACAAGCCAGCUGUGUAUUGCGUAUCAUCGUCAAAGAAGGUGAAGCACCAAAAGUGAAAGAUUGUCCAAAUGAUAUAGAAGUGACCGGUAAAAAUGGGACAUCGAUAACCUGGACAGAACCGAUCUUUACGGACAACGUCCAAGUAACACGAAUAAACAGCAACGAGAGUCCAGGACGUCCGUUUGAUAUUGGUGGACACAGAAUAGAAUACGAAGCUAACGACGAAGCAGGUUGGUCCAGCAAAUGCGUCUUCACUUUGGUUCUACGAGCUGAGUAAAAAAAAAUAACAAUAAAAAUACAAAAAAAAAAAAAUGAAGAAGAAGAAGAAGAAGAAGAAGAUAAAGGGUUGUAGGUUCAUAGAUGUGGGUGGGUGGUGAUACCAAUGGUCGAGAAUAAGAUGAACAGGUAUCAAACGGAAA